UACUACGAGCGUUCACAAAUGGAGAUGGCCACGCGCUCUUGUAUUCUUCACACAUAGAUUUGAAAGAUCCGUAGGUGUGAAAUCCGUUCAAUCCACCACCAUCAUCGUCGUCCAUCCGUGGGAACACACAGGCUAUUCUGCAAUGAUGAAUUCUGCCGAGGCGGCUGAGGAAGGACCGAAUGAUCCAGAUACGGACCCGUUUUUCAAAACAGUUCCCUCUUUCUCGUCAGGAUCUCUUAGAAAUGAUGGAAUAAAGGCGGCUGAUGUUCUGACAGUUUUAAGAGAGAAGGUCGCUUUUGUCUCAGGAGGAAGAGACAAGAGAGGGGGGCCCAUCCUCACCUUCCCAGCACGUAGUAACCAUGACAGAAUACAGCAGGAAGACCUGCGCAAACUGGUGACCUACCUCUCCACUGUGCCCAGUGAGGAUGUAAGUAAACGAGGGUUUACAGUGAUCGUCGACAUGCGUGGCUCUAAGUGGGAUCUAAUAAAGCCAUUGCUGAAGACUCUGCAGGAGUCAUUUCCAGCUGAGAUCUGCGUCGCUCUGAUUAUCAAACCAGACAACUUCUGGCAGAAGCAGAAGACCAACUUUGGCAGUGCCAAGUUUACUUUUGAGACCAGUAUGGUUUCAGUGGAGGGUCUCACAAAGUUGGUGGACCCAUCCCAGCUGACGGCAGAUCUGGAGGGCACCCUGGAGUACGACCACGUGGAAUGGACUGAGCUCCGCGUUUCCCUUGAAGAGUUCACAGGAGGUGCUCUGCACCUCCUCUCCCGGCUGGAGGAACUGCAGGAAGUGCUCUCCCGUCAGGAGCUGGCUGCUAACGCAGAGGAAGCUCGGAAGCUCCUGGAGGAGCAUGCUAGGCUAAGAAAGACCAUGACGAAGGCGCCAGUGGAUGAGUUAGACCAUGAAGGACAGAGGCUGCUUCAGAAGAUCAGGGAUGGGGGGGAUGGAAGGCUUUCGGGUGGUGCAGACUUCCAGAGUUUGGUACCUAAGAUUUCUGCCUUGCUGGAUAAACUUCAAGUUAUGCGACAGCACCUGCUACAGACCUGGCACAACCGUAAACAACAGCUGGACCAGUGCUUCCAGUUACGUCUGUAUGAGCAGGAUGCAGAAAAGAUGUUUGAGUGGAUAGGACACAAUAAAGAACUGUUCUUGCAGUCACACACAGACAUCGGCGUAAGCUACCAGCAUGCAGAAGAUUUGCAGACCCAGCAUGACCACUUUGCCAUGAACUCUAUGAAUGCAUAUGUGAACAUUUCACGUAUCGUCUCUGUGGCGACGCGUCUGUGUGAGGCAGGGCAUUACGCAGCGGGUCAGAUCCAGCAGAUCUCCAGUCAGUUAGAUCAGGACUGGAAGAGUUUUGCCUCAGCGCUGGAGGAGCGUAGUGCCAUCCUGGCCAUGUCCUCUGUGUUUCACCAGAAGUCUGAACAGUUUCUGUCCAGCAUGGAGGGCUGGGUGAAGUCAUGCGGUGAGAGCGGGUUGCCGACGGCAACGCAGGAGCUUGAGAUGGCCAUUCACAACCACCAGAAUCUGUAUGAGCAGGUCUCCACAGCAUACACAGAGGUCAGUCAGAAAGGGAAGACCCUGCUGGAUGUGUUGCAGAGGCCCCAGCCGCCAGCUGACUCUGGGUCUCUCACAGCUGGGACUGACUAUAGUCAGGCCAUUAGGGGGGUUUUGGAGAUGGUCCAUGAGGUAGUUCAUCAGUAUCGCAGACUAGAGGGUCUCCUGCAACACUCCAAGCUUCGACUGCACCAGAGAAUGCAGCUGUGUGUAUUUCAACAAGAUGUGCAACAGGUCUUGGACUGGAUUGAAAACCAUGGAGAGGCAUUCCUCAGUAAACACACAGGAGUUGGAAAAUCUGUGCACAGAGCACGAGCGCUACAAAAACGACAUGACGACUUCCAGGAGGUGGCACAGAAUACUUACACUAAUGCAGAUAAGCUGUUGGAAGCAGCGGAGCAGCUGGCUCAGACGGGAGAGUGUGAUCCUGAAGAGAUUUACACUGCGGCUCAUCACCUAGAGGUCAGAGUUCAAGAGUUUGUCCGCAGGGUGGAGCAGAGGAAACUGCUGCUGGAUAUCUCUGUGUCUUUUCACACCCACACCAAAGAGUUGUGGUCUUGGAUGGAGGAUCUGCAGAAGUCUCUGGUGGAGCCGGUGGUGAACUCUGAGUCGGUGGAUGCUGUUCAGGAGCUGAUCAGACAGUUUCAGCAGCAGCAGAGCAGCACGCUGGACGCCACGCUCAAUGUCAUCAAAGAAGGGGAGGAGCUUAUUCAGCACCUGCGGGACUCAGCACUGGCCUGUAAUAAGUUACCUCACGCCAGCUCAGUAUCUCAUAUUGAAGGGGUUCUCCAGCAGUUGGAUGAAGCUCAGGCUCAUAUGGAGGAGCUUUACCAUGAGCGCAGGAUCAAACUGGACAUCUUCCUGCAGCUCCGGAUCUUUGAGCAGUACGCAAUGGAGGUGAUGGGUGAGCUUGACGCUUGGAAACAGGAUUUAAUGCGACAGGCAUCUGACUUUAACACAGAAGAACUCACACUGGCUGAACAGAGACUCCACAGACACACUGAACGCAAACUUGCCAUGAACAACAUGACCUUUGAGGUCAUACAGCAGGGACAAGACCUCCACCAGUACAUCAUGGAAGUCCAGGCUUCAGGUAUGGAGCUUACUGGAGAGAAAGACGUCAACUUGGCGGCUAGAGUUCAAGAGCUUCUGGAGUUUUUGAAUGAAAAACAGCAUGAGUUGGAAGUGAGCUCCGAACAUACACACAAACGUCUAGAGCAGUGCCUGCAGCUACGACACCUGCAGGCAGAGGUCAAACAGGUGUUGGGUUGGAUCCGUAACGGCGAGUCUAUGCUGACAGCAAGCACAACAAAUGCUGGUUCCCUGUCUGAGGCGGAGCAACUUCAGAGAGAGCACGAGCAGUUCCAGCUUGCCAUUGAGUCUCUGCUUCAUGCCGACUCCCUCCAGCGCACCCACCAGAGUGCCCUGCAGCUACAGCAGAGAGCGGAGCUGCUUUUGCAGGCGGGCCACUAUGAUCCGGAUGCCGUACGGGCGUGUGCUGAGACCGUAGCCCUGCACUGGCAGACCCUUAUGCUGAAGAUGGAAGACAGACUGAAGCUGGUUAAUGCCUCCGUGGCCUUCUACAAGACCUCUGAGCAGGUGUGUAAUGUACUGGAGAGUCUGGAACUGGAGUACCGGAGAGAAGAGGACUGGUGCGGCGGUCAUGAUAAACUGGGCUCAAUGGCAGAGACUGACCACGUUAGCCCUUUAAUCAACAAACACCUGGAGCAGAAAGAGGCCUUUCUCAAGGCCUGUACAUUAGCACGUCGUAACGCGGAGGUUUUUCUCAAGUACAUCCAUCGAAACAAUGUGAGCAUGCCCGGGGUCGCCACACACAAUCGCGCAACUGAGACCCAGGUCAAAGCUAUUUUGAGUGAGCUGCUACAGCGAGAAAAUCGCGUCCUUCAUUUCUGGACUAUGAAAAAGAGGCGUUUAGACCAGUGCCAGCAGUACGUUCUGUUUGAACGACAUGCCAAACAGGCCAUAGACUGGUUACAGGAGACAGGAGAGUACUUUCUGUCCACACACACAUCUCCUGGUGAUAGCAAUGAAAAAACUCAGGAACUGCUGAAAGAGUAUGAAGAUUUCCGUGUCUCAGCUAAGCAAACUCAGGAGAAGGUGAAGCUCUUGAUCCAGCUGGCUGGUAGUCUGGUAGAGAAAGGGCACGUCCACGUGACGGAGCUGAAGAGGUGGGUGUCAACGGUGGACAGGCGGUACCGAGACUUUUCCAUGCGAAUGGGUCAGUACCGCUGCAGCUUAGACCGAGCGCUGGGACUGUGUUCUGAGGACCAUAAAGACCUGGAGCUGGACAUCAUCCCUGCCAGCCUGACCCACACUGACCCAGAGGUCAACCUCAAUGACCCCGACCACGACAUCAAUGAAGAAAAAAAGAAAUCUGCCAGAAAGAAAGAGUAUAUUAUGGCUGAGCUGCUGCAGACGGAGAGGGCUUACGUACGAGACCUGCAGGAGUGUUUGGAGACGUUUAUGUGGGAAAUGACGAGCGGUGCGGAGAUCCCAUCUGGAAUCACAAACAAGGAACAUGUGAUCUUUGGGAAUAUUCAGGAGAUUUAUGAAUUUCAUAACAAUAUAUUUCUAAAAGAGCUGGAGAACUAUGAGCAGCUUCCAGAAGAUGUGGGCCAUUGUUUUGUCACAUGGGCUGAUAAAUUCCACAUGUACGUCACCUAUUGCAAAAACAAACCCGACUCCAGUCAGCUCAUCCAGGGCCAGGCCGGGAGGUUCUUCGAUGAGAUCCAGAGGAGACAUGGACUGGCCAAUUCUAUCUCAUCAUACCUGAUCAAACCCGUCCAAAGAAUCACCAAAUACCAGCUGCUGCUGAAGGAGUUGCUGACGUGUUGUGAGGAAGGUAAAGGAGAAAUAAAGGAGGGAUUGGAGGUGAUGCUCAGUGUGCCCAAACGUGCUAAUGACGCCAUGCAUGUCAGCAUGCUGGAGGGUUUUGAUGAGAAUCUGGAUGUACAGGGUGAGCUGAUCCUACAGGACACCUUCCAGGUGUGGGACCCCAAAUCACUUAUCCGCAAGGGCCGCGACCGCCACCUCUUCCUCUUCGAAAUCUCCCUCGUCUUUUGCAAAGAGAUGAAAGACUCAUCGGGACGUACCAAAUAUGUUUACAAGAACAAGCUGCAGACAUCAGAGUUAGGAGUCACGGAACACAUCGAAGGGGAUCCGUGCAAGUUUGCACUGUGGGCCGGCCGGACGCCUACAUCUGACAACAAAACAGUUCUCAAGGCCUCCAGUAUAGAAAUAAAACAGGAGUGGAUCAGGAACAUCAGGGAGGUGAUUCAGGAGAGAACAGUCCACCUGAAGGGGGCGCUAAAGGAGCCCAUACACCCUCCAAAAACCCCAGCCAGACAGCGCAGCAUCAGCAAGAGGGACACUACUGAGGAUGCGGACAGUCAGGGUGAUGCCAGCAGUCAGCCCGACACAAUCUCCAUCGCUUCCCGCACAUCCCAGAACACUGUGGACAGUGACAAGUUGUCGGGUGGCUGUGAGCAGACUGUGGUUCUGCAGGAUUUCGUUGCGGGCUCAGUGGGUGAGCUGAGUAUUCAGUCGGGUCAGACAGUCGAACUCUUGGAGCGGUCUGGAGAGCGACCUGGCUGGUGUCUGGUGCGGACCACCGAAAACUCGCCCCCUCAGGAGGGUCUGGUUCCCAGUAGUACCCUUUCUGUGUCUCAUUCCCGCAGUAGUGUUGACAUGGACUGCUUUUUCCCACCUGGGAAAGAGAACUAUCCUGUGGGUAGUUCAGAGGUAAAAUCUGAAUCAGCUGCAUCCCUGCAGCCGCAGACAUCGGUGACCUCUUUGCCGACUGGUUCUCCAGGACCCAAACGCUCUGGAACUACUGGAAACACAUUAAAGAAAUGGCUCACCAGUCCCGUACGGCGCCUCAGCCAUGGCAAGGGUGACAACACUAAUGCCAAAAAACCUAACAAUAAGCAACGUAAACGAGACGGCCGCAAGAGUGUAGAAUUGGGCCCACCACACCAAGACAGCACCGAAGAGAGGGGAAGACGAGGAGUGAACAGUGGGGGAGAAGAGGAAGCCGAAGACGAACCCCACACCCCCCUCCCUCCUCCCAUGGAGAUCAUUAAGGACCCCUCUGCUCAGGAGGAGAAGACACCAGAGCCUGGCUCUUUUCCAGUGUUAGGCAGUGUCACCCUGUCUGAUCAGACACCCAGAGACCCAGAGACAGAACAGAAGAACAAAGCCAUGAGAGGACGAAUGUUUGUGUUAAAUGAAAUGGUACAGACAGAGAGAGACUACGUGAAGAAUCUGGGCAUAAUAGUAGAGGGCUUCAUGAGAAAGAUCGGAGAGAAAGGUGUUCCGGAGGACAUGACAGGGAAGGAUAAAAUAGUUUUCGGGAACAUUCAUCAAAUCUACGACUGGCAUAAAGAGUUCUUCCUCGGUGAACUGGAGAAGUGUCUGGAGGAUCACGAUAGACUGGCCGAGCUGUUUAUCAAGCAUGAGAGAAGGUUACACAUGUAUGUGAUCUACUGUCAGAACAAGCCCCACUCAGAGUUUGUGGUAGCUGAAUAUGAUACAUUCUUUGAGGAGGUACAGCAGGAGAUAAACUCCAGACUGUCUAUCAGUGAUUUUCUCAUCAAACCCAUCCAGAGGAUUACCAAAUACCAGCUUCUGCUCAAGGACUUUUUGAAGUACAGCUCUAAAGCAGGAUUUGACUGUAAAGAGAUAGAGAAAGCAGUUGAUCUGAUGUUCCUGGUGCCCAAACAAUGUAACGACAUGAUGAAUCUGGGACGAUUGCAGGGCUACGAGGGGAAGCUUGUAGCUCAGGGAAAGUUAUUGCAGCAGGACACGUUCUUCGUGACAGAGCAGGACAGUGGGGUUCUGUCUCGCAGUAAAGAGCGCAGAGUCUUCCUCUUCGAACAGAUCGUCAUCUUCAGCGAGCUGCUGCGGAAAGGGUCCUCAACACCGGGGUACCAGUUUAAAAAGAGCAUCAAGGUGAGCUACCUGAGCAUGGAGGAGCAUGUGGACAGUGACCCCUGUAAGUUUGUGUUAUUAUGUCGCGGCUCAUCUGAACGGUUAACGCUACAGGCUGCUAACAUCGACAUCAAGAAAGAGUGGGUGCAAAGCAUCAGAGGACUACUGGACAUGCAGAUGAACUUCCUAACGGCUCUCCAGAACCCACAGGAGUACCAGAAGAAGGAAAGUGGAGGUUCUCUGACCAGACAGUUUUCCAAUAGCAGCCGUUCCUUGUCUUCUCACCCCUCCACCCCCCUCAAACCUAACACCGCCCCCAAUGGCAGCCCCACCCACAAAUCCAACAAGCAUGCAGAGGAGGAGCUGGAUGAGGGGGAGUGUAACGGGUUGUCAUCGGUGCUCGUGACGCAGGACUACAACGCUGUAAAGGAGGACGAGAUCUGUGUGGUGGUUGGUGAGAAGGUGCAGAUCCUGGCGUCUAAUCAGCAGAACAUGUGCCUGGUUUAUCGACCAGCAAACAGCCAAUCACCUGCUGCAGAGGGCUGGGUACCGGGUCAUGUACUGUCCUCGACCCGGUAAAGCCACGCCCCCUCAACGCCUUGGAAUAAAACCACUACAGCCAGAACUCAACCAGUCAAAUUCACCCUUAAGUUUCACCACAGUGAACCAGUCUACUCUGGGAAGGCGUUGAAGACAUGCCAUUUAAACUCUUGCUAAGCUGCCUUUGGUCAGUCAGAACAGGAAAUCCCGCCUCUUUCCCCCGCUGUCGUACUGAUAAGGACUAAAGAUGCACACUGCGAAAAAACGGUGCAACAUCACCUCCAAUAGUCAAUAUGGACAAAAGAAAAUGGAAAAUAAGAAAGUGCAAGAAAAUCUAUUAUAUUGCUAAUAAUUUAAAAAAAGACUGUGUUGUAUAGAGAGAAAACUGAGGUGAAUCUGUCAGUGAAUUACGUGUGGAUUUGUAUGGAUGUUUAUGUCACCGAUUCUCAUCAACAUGCUCCAUUAUGCGCAACAGACUGUUUUUAAAUGGGGCUCCCUCUAAUUCCCUGUCUCUCUGUCUAUGCCAAGUCAUUUGCACAUGUGUAUAUUUAGUUUUAAUGAGAUUUUAUUUUUGGAAACUUUUUUCUUUUAAGUGUCUUAUUUUUUACGGCUACUAUGUGUGGCACAUCUAUUAUUUCCUUCAGUUCUUUUAACCAGUUCAGUGUUCUGUACAAAGUAUUCUACAAUUUUCCAACAAAUAGUAUCGCAAUGGCGGCAAGUUGUGCAAUAUCACAAUCGUCAUAAUGCUCAUAACUGUACUUGUAACUAAAGAUUUAAAUUUAUUAUUCUGUAUCAUUUUAAAUUUGUAGAUAAUAUUUUUGACAUUGCCAUAAUAGAUACACAGCAGAGGAAAAUGCUCCCUCUACUCCUGUCAGGCUCAAAAAAGAAAGCUAAAUAAAACUCUGCACUGCCUCCUAAACCAGAUCCUCCGAUUUUUACAUCUGACAUCAUCAGAUUUAGUAUGUAAUAAGUUACCAUCUGAAUCAUAUCAGGCCAGAUGUUUACUCAAAAUUAGUCAGUUAAAAAUGGAUGUUGUUGAUUUCUGAAAAGUAGUCUCUGCUGUCAGCGUUCCGAGAUCUCAGACAUGUGUGUAAAUAAACGUAAAAAGAUUAUUCUAGCAGGUAUAUCACUUGUUAAACUCUGGUAAUGUUGCUCAUAAUAAAGCUGACAAUUUUUCAUCUUGGACAUUUCGUGUUAUAUAUCAUUUGUACGCCUGUGAAUCUGUCAUUAGCUACAUUAGUGCAGAUAUUACAGAACUAUACUGUAGGUCUAAUACAAAAAUCAUUUUUAUCUAUAAAUGUUUAACAAAAGUAUUAUCAGAAUUAAUCAACAUCAAUCAUACAAAUCAUCUCUGUAUUACAGUAAUUGUCAAUGUGCAUUUAUCUUGUGGUGCAGCAUGUAAUUGCAUAUUUCUCCCGUAACAAUAUGAUGCAAUUUGUAACCUAAUAGUGUUUCUGACGUGCCAUUCUGAAAGCAGAAUGGUGGAGCAACCAUAUUGAAGUACAACAAAAUGUACAAAAAGUUCCUGCUGUAAUCAAUUGUACAGUAUGUCCUGCUCUCUUUCCCCUUCCCUCUGCUGUAGGAUGUCAACUACAAAAGCCAAGGGCUGGGUUUCCCAAAAGUCUCACAAGCUUAAGUUGACCGUAGAGAUCAUUGGCACCAAUGGUUUCUAAGGUCUACUUAGGCUUACAAUGCCUUUGGGAAACGCAGCCAAGAUCUUUAAAAGCCAAUAGGCUAUCAAGCUCCUAAAAUAACCAUAAAUGCACUAUAAAAGUAGUCCAUACGAUUUGUGCACUAUAUUCCAAAUCUCCUGAAGCCAUGUGAUAGCUUUGUAUGAGGAACAGACCAAAAAAGUCGUUAUUCGCUCAGAAACGUUCCUUCUGCCACAGUCCUCAAAUCACUUCUGCAAUUUCAAACUUGCCACAUCAUGACUGGUAACAAGACACACAAGAACCAACAGCAUUUGUCAUUAUUGACCUGACUGAAUUCCGAAUUUGCACAAAUGAGAUUUUGCAUGCUUGAUGAUACAACAAUAUUUCAAUGGUGCUUUUUAGUCCCAUUUUGGAACUUGACAGCCCCUGGUCACGGUACAUUUUCAUUGUAUGGAAAAGAGCAGCGUGAACACUUUUCAAAUCAUCUCCUUUUGUGUUGCACUGAAGUUAGAAAGUCAUACAGAUUUGGUACAAUAUGAAACAUUUUUGGGUGAAUUAUUCCAUUUAGUGUGCGAGUGAUUUGGAGGCUCAGUUCAAUAAUUAACAUGUUUGUUAAAUUUGUAGCAUGACAUUGUGGUUCCACUUAUUGGAGAAUUUGGGAUCUGUGAGGUCUUCAGGUACACUGAAGUAAGAUUGAACCACAUCCACAUACUGACUGAACGAGAGCGAGCUGAAGAGAUUAAUCUGUUUGUGAGAGAUUUGAGACUUCACUCGUUUCUCCCAGAGCUCCAGAACGUCCUGAAACACACAAUGAACUCACAACAAAUGUUGAAUUUCCGGUGUUCCCCUAAGCGAUGACAACGAAGGGCUUUGCGCACUGUAAAAGUCAGUUUUCCCUAUGAAAUUCUCUGGAUGGUCUCAAGCAGGAGCCAUUUCUAGCUAUAAGCGGCCUUUUAGGGUCCCCGAGCCACCAGGGGGCGCUGCAAAGCGUUUUAAAUAUAUCAAAACUGUGAUUUAGACUCAGGCAGCUGUUAUGGCUCAAUUAGACAGUUAUAUGGGGGCCCCUUGUGGCCUGAGAGGGAAGGGAGAAUGCGACUGCAAGGACAGAGUUGUAGCUAAAUGUGACAUGAACGCGCACGCUCAAAGGGUUUUUCAUCAUCAUUCGGCUCCAAGUAGGAUUUCGCUUACGGCCCCAAUAUGCUCAGAAACGGCCCUAGUUUUAGCCUCGCCAUAUGGAGGACAAAGCCUGCCAAUAUUAACAAUAAUAAACAUAUAAUUGCAAAUAAAUGUAAAAAAAAAAAAUGAAAAAGUGCACUUAUAAAGUCAUUUUCAAAUGUUACAAAAAUUAGCAUUUGUACUUUUUUUCCCUUAUGUCUUUAUACAUUUAUUUAUUUCCAAAUUUAUUUAUGCAUGUAUAUGUUUCCACAUUUAUUAUUUCCACAUCAAUAUAUUUCCAAAUGUAUUUACUGUAUUUCUACAUUUCUUUUUCUGUAUGGUGGUGAGGGGGCGUGUUUUCUGCUUUUGAGCUGCUCCAGAAUGAUGUUUGGAGGCCACAGUGACAUACUGUGGUUGACAAAAUUAAUGCAAGUCUACAGACUCAAAAUAUAGCCACAGAUGGGCGUGCAUUUAGACAUUGUAAAAUAUACCUGUGAACAGAGCAAGUCAGAUAGGAAAUAAAUUAUCUCUGUUAAAUGAAUGACUUAGACGUUGGUGAUAUGACCAAAAUCCAACUGUAAUUAUGCAUACAUAUGAUGUUUUUUGUUUUGUUUUUUUAUCAUGUUCUGAAAGUAAUCAUAAAUGCCUUAAAGCGGCAGCUCUCUAGCAUUGUUAGCGGCAUUGAGUGGAUUUCUUGUGUGCCAGUGGACACUACCAUUCGAGUGGGAGAGAGGGCGGGUAGAAAGAAGGGGAGUAGUUUGGUUAAAAAAAAAAAGGUUAAUGGUGUGUUGAUCUGGCAGUGAUAAUUCAAAAUAAAUAGCUGCGCUUCUCUCUCUCUCUCUCUGCCCUUUAUUCCCUCGCUGAGCUGCCACCCGAGGCAACUGCCUUGUUUGGCUAUUUAUACAGGUCAACCAUGAAUAAACACAAGCUCUCAUCACCAACAUCUGUUGCGUUUCCAAUAAAUGUGAUUAAUACGGGAUAUUUUCAUGUGUGCAGAGGUGGAGUAGCCAAAAACUGUACUCAAGUAAAAGUACAAUUACUUUAAAUAAAUAAUUACUCAAGUAGAAGUAAAUGUACUAACACAAAUAAUUACUUGAGUAAGAGUAAGGAAGUAUCCGAUUAAGAGUACUCAAGUAGUGAGUAACUACUUUCACAAAUGACAUAAUGGACAUUAACUCCCCUAUAUUCAAUUACAUAAUACACAUUUAACAUGUAUUACAGAAUUAUUAUUUUUAUUAUUAUAAUUAAUGGAAAUUCUGUCAUCA